AUGAUUUCAGUGCAAAUGACAUCCCAGACCAGGCCUGCUCCAGCCCUGUAUCCAAACACCCUCCUCACCAUCUCUCGGUUGGGUUAUCCAAUCACUACUGCCCCGCUCUCUCUCUCUCUGCAUAGAAAUGUGAGCUCCUCCUCAAGUGGCAGCCACCCACCCAAGUACAAAAUCCAUACGGCCAUGUUCUUGGUCAAGAGUCAUUGCUGUUACAAUCUCCUCAAUCCAUCCAACACUGCUCCACUGGCCAUGGCUAUGUGCUCAAGCUUCUGUCCUCCUCAGGUUCCCAACCAUUUCAGAGGAACAACACCCAUUCCUUCUUUCCUCCCCAAACCACCUUCUUUCAAGGCCUUCUCUUCUCAAACAGCCACUGCUUCCACCAAAGAUGAAUUUCCGGCAUGUGUUGGCUUUCUGGGUCUUGGUAUCAUGGGUUCUCCAAUGGCACAAAAUCUUAUUAAAUCGGGAUGUGAUGUGACUGUCUGGAAUAGGACCAAGAGCAAAUGUGAUCCCCUCAUCAGCUUGGGUGCCAAAUACAAAUCCUCUCCUGAAGAAGUAGCUGCAUCUUGUGAUGUCACAUUUGCUAUGCUUGCAGACCCUGAAAGUGCAGUGGAUGUUGCUUGUGGGAAGCAUGGUGCUGCAAGUGGAAUUGGUCCAGGAAAAGGGUACGUAGAUGUUUCAACAGUUGAUGGUGGCACUUCUAAAUUGAUUGGUGAACAUAUUAAAGCUACUGGGGCAUUGUUUUUGGAGGCUCCAGUUUCAGGCUCCAAAAAGCCAGCAGAAGAUGGACAACUAAUAUUUCUUACAGCUGGUGACAAAUCUCUGUAUGAAACUGUUGCUCCACUCUUAGACAUCAUGGGAAAGUCAAGAUUUUUCCUUGGGAGUGUCGGAAAUGGAGCUGCAAUGAAACUUGUUGUCAACAUGGUGAUGGGAAGUAUGAUGGCCUCUUUUUCUGAAGGGUUGCUUCUCGGUGAGAAAGUGGGGUUGGAUCCAGAUGUUAUUGUCGAGGUAAUAUCACAGGGAGCCAUAAGUGCACCAAUGUUUUCCAUGAAAGGUCCUUCAAUGGUGAAAUCCCUCUACCCAACUGCAUUUCCCUUAAAGCAUCAGCAAAAGGAUCUCAGGCUUGCCCUUGGAUUAGCAGAAUCUGUUUCCCAGCCUACUCCAAUCGCAGCAGCUGCCAAUGAACUAUACAAAGUAGCCAAAUCUCAUGGCCUCAGCGACCACGACUUCUCAGCAGUCGUUGAAGCACUGAAAGUGAAGAUGCAGGACCCCCCAGAAUACUAAAGCCAUCUUCCAUUGUAAUCCAAGUAGAAAUAGUUUCCCUUUAGGCAUGAAACUCGAUAGAAUUUAUCGGUUGAUUCAAGUUCAAACAUUCCAUGAUCAUUCAUGAGUUCUGUAUUCCCUACAGACCAAAUUUUUAUGAUGAAAUGAAGCUAAAUUUUCAGUAUCAAUUUUGAA